GCUUUUUGCUGCUGCUGCUGUUGUUGCUCGCCCAGCUGGGACUCACUAGGUGCAUAUGUAUAUGUGUGCGGGGCUGGCUUAUGCAGAGCUGGCUACUCCUUGCCUUUUGGUGCUGCUGUACCGUACCGCACCCGAAUACAAGCCGUUGUUCUGUGCUAUGUUAUUUUGUCCCAUGUUUUGAAAGGAGCCAAUAAAGGGGAGAGCUAGUUGGAGGUAGAAUGUCAAGAGGAUGCAGUAGGAAGGAUCCGGAGACUCAGCACCCGCUGCAUUAUCUGGUGUGGCACAACAAAUCCCGGGAAUUGGAAAAGGAACUUCAGAAGAAGCAGGGUGAUAUCGAACAACUUGAUCCCCGAGGUCGCACCGCCCUGCAGCUGGCUACUGUACUUGGGCACUUGGAGUGUGCCAGUGUUCUGCUGAAAUAUGGCGCUGAUGUUGGCAAAGAAAACCGCAAUGGCUGGACAGUGCUUCAGGAAGCAGUGACCACACGGGACACAGAACUCGUGCGGCUUAUGCUGAGGUAUCGUGACUACCAGAGAGCACUUAAGCGUUUAGCUGGCAUUCCCAUACUCCUAGAAAAACUAAGUCAGGCACAAGACUUCUAUGUUGAAAUGAAAUGGGAAUUCACAAGUUGGGUACCUCUAGUUUCCAAGAUCUGCCCUAGUGACACCUACCGAGUCUGGAAAAGUGGGCAGAGCCUACGAGUUGAUACCACGCUACUGGGAUUUGAGCACAUGACUUGGCAGCGUGGAAACCGAAGCUUUAUAUUUCGUGGACAAGACAACAGUGCAGUGGUGAUGGAGGUUGACCAUGACCGGCGAAUGGUAUAUUCAGAAUCACUGUCGCUGGCCACACUCGACCGAGAAAUGCUUUUGGCUGCCAUGCAGCCCUCUGAUGAGCAGCUGAUGACUCGCCUUACCACACCUGUAGUCGCAACCCAGCUGGAUACCAAGAAUAUCUCUUUUGAGAGAAAUAAAUCAGGGAUUCUAGGAUGGAGGAGUGAAAAGACAGAAAUGGUAAAUGGGUAUGAAGCUAAGGUAUAUUGUGCUUCCAAUGUUGAAUUAAUUACAAGAACGCGGACGGAACAUCUCUUAGAUCAGCACAAAGGCAAAAGCAAAGGUAGUAAAACACCACUCCAGUCCUUCCUUGGUAUAGCAGAGCAGCAUGUAGGACCACACAACGGGGUAUACAACAUGGUGAGAUGUCAUGAAGAGCACCCUUCAAAGACCCUCAUUACUCAGACAUUCAGCCAUACUAACCCUACCGCCAUCACAGCAGAAGAAUAUUUUGACCCCAAUUUCAACCUUGGCAGCCGAGAUGUGGGACGACCCAUGGAGCUUACUACCAAAACACAGAAGUUUAAAGCAAAACUAUGGCUCUGUGAAGAUCACCCUUUGUCUCUUUCUGAGCAAGUUGCACCAAUCAUCGACCUCAUGGCAAUAAGCAAUGCACUGUUUGCAAAACUUAGGGACUUUAUAACUCUUAGGCUGCCUGUUGGCUUCCCCGUCAAAAUAGAAAUCCCAAUCUUCCACAUUCUUAAUGCUCGGAUAACCUUUGGGAAUCUGAAUGGAUGUGAUGAACCAGUGAGCUCUGUGCGGCAGAGUCCAAACAGCGAGACUCCAUCACCUGGCAGUGACACAUCCAGUGUCAGCAGCUCCAGUUCCAUGACUUCUUGCCGUGGUUGUGAAAUGGACCCGACCCUUUUUGAGGUACCACGAGGCUACACUGUGGUGGGCAGUAACAGAGACUCCAUCAGGGAAGACGAGGAUGAUCUCUUGCAGUUUGCCAUCCAACAGAGCCUACUGGAAGCCGGCACUGAAUAUGACCAGGUGACAAUCUGGGAAGCUUUGACCAAUAGCAAACCAGGGACCCACCCUUUACCCUGUGAAGACCAUCGAAGGGAUAGUUGUAGGACUCCACAGCACAAGCCUCACACACAGCCCAGCCCUCAGCACAUAUCAACCAAUCAUGUGUUCCGAACCUAUGAUGAGCAGCUACGCCUAGCCAUGGAACUGUCAGCAAAGGAGCAAGAAGAGGUGGAGAAACAGAAAAGGCAAGAAGAGGAGGAGUUGGAGCGUAUCAUCCAGCUGUCACUCACAGACAAAUAGCACACAGCCGUGAACAAUUUAUAACCCCUUCUCCUUUUUACAUACAUGUCAUCUACACUCAUAUAUAUAUAAAUAUAUAUAUACACAAACAGACACACACACACACGCACACACACACACACACACACACACACAUAUGGACAUGUGCACAGCAACAAAAAUACAGAAAAAGAAAAAGGUGCAAUUAAAAAAUUAACAGGUGAAAAACCUUAAUCUUUUAGCUGUUGGGUUCAGAUACUGUCUGAAGUAAAAUUCCUAUUUUUUCUCCUCAUUAUAUGGUUCCAGCAGGUGGAGUGCAGUUUGCUUUCUUUUCCUUUAUUUGUGAUGAUAUUGGCAGCAGAUGGUGGUAAAUGAAAAGCACUGAAGGCUGUCACCCUGCAGGUCAGGCACAGCUUGGGUAUCCAAUAUGGCUUCCACCACCAGAAUGCCUUCUCCAUGUGAUCCAGCAUCAGGCAGUCACCAGCACAACCUCCUGCUAAUGUUGCCUACAGUCCUUCUUCUACCGCAUCACUUUCUUUUGUCCUUGGUUUUAAGUUGAUCAUCAGGACAGAUGGUGGCUGCACACUGUACCACUUCAUAAGCUGUGUCUUUCUGUUGUUAAGCUGGAUUGAAGCUGAUUGGAUCAAGUUUUGUAGUUAAUAUUGCCUGUACCACACAGUGGUCAGAUUACCUCAGCAUUUCAGUUUUGCAGACCAGGAGUGUGCCAUGAAAGAGGAGUGUAGUCUAUCCUGCAUAUAUAUUAUCUGUUCCUGCAUUGUAGCCAUGGGUCUGCACGGAAAUCAGUAAGAAGCAUAACUGUACAAGUGAGGGAGGGUGGGACAGGCUGGUGGGUGGAAUAACAGGUAUUAGCUCUACAUUCAAAAUUUCAUGACUUAUACAGCUUAUGUUUCUAUCCUUUGCUAUGUAUAAAACAAAGUAAGAUAGGAACAGCAGGCAGGGGUAGUAUAACGUACUACACCCAAGCUCCAGAUUUUACAUGAAAUCCUGCCACCACCUCCUGUGUAACUUUGUGACUUUCAACAUGCUCUUUGAAAGUCAUGUGUUCUUUUCCAUUCUAGUUAUACCUCUGGGACUUUAGGUAACAUGUCUUAAGCUGUAGUGAAAUUAGACUGUAACUACAUUGCAACUGCAAAGCAGUUGUAUGUGACAAAUUUGUAAUUACACUGUAAUUUACCUAAUGUUGCAUGUAAUGAAUUAUUACCUACUACGCAGGUACAAUGAAACUGACAAUUAAAGUAAGAUAUUUGAGAUGAAACAGGGUUUCAACUGCCAGGAGAAAUAAUGUCACAUGAUUUUUAAGGUGAAACAAAUCUUCAAAUGUAGUGUCUUGAAAGUUACAGUAGCUUUUCAUUUCUACAUUAGUUCAUAUUAAUUUACCCUAAGCUAUAGUACUAGAAACCAUGAACAAUGUGGUGCUACUCCAUUGAAGCAUAUACCCUAGUUUUACCAUUCUUCUGGAGUAUAGCCCUUGCACAGGUUGUAUUUCCGUGGUGGUACUUUACCAUGCUACCACCCCAUGAAUAACAAUGUUGUGAUAUUUCAUUUAUUAAUUACGUAGAAAGGUAGGUUGGGUUUUAGGAUUUGUUUACAGCUUAAUGAGGGAAAAGGAUAAUGGUGCGGUUAUGUAAGUGCCCUGCACCAGUCCAUUAGUUUAUGCCCUCAUGGCCUAAGUCUAUUGGGUUAUACCCACCAAUGUGCCUUUUCACUGGGUAAUCCUUCAGAGGCACAGAUGUAUCAGAUUAUCACCCAAGAACUAAUUUACUAUGCUGUUAUAUCAGGAUAAAAGGUUUAUAUUCUCUAGUGCACAAAGAAACUCUGCUGUUUAGGAAAUGUAUUGUGUGCCCUCAGAAGUGGCCACAUAUUUCAUACUUCAAAAAGCACCCACAAAGUAAUGUUUACCAAGAGUGAGCAUAUGUAGGCACUGGCAGAACCCAUGGCCAGUUGAUGUCAGGCAGCAGAGAUCUGAGCCAUGUUUGGGGUUUGCAAGUCUCACUGUGUGAACUCCACUGAGAUGCAUGUUUUGGAAAGUAAGACACUUUGUCUCCCUUCCUCUCUGUCUCACUUUCUCUCUCUCCCCCUCUCUCUCUCUCUCUCUCUUUCUCUCAAUGAUUUACCUUUGCUACUGUAAUAUCUAAGGAGGAGCAGCUGUUAAAUUAAAAAUUCUUUUUUGAUUACA